AUGGCAAUCCAAGCCUGGGAAUCGAAAGCUGAGAAAGCUAGAGAGCGUCUGGCACGUUCCGUCCCAAAGAAGUGGUUGCUGGAGAAGUCUGAACUGCCGUCCCCAACCCGAUUGAACGUCAUGGGCGUGCCGGAGGAGUCAGGCCGCUUGACACCAGAAGAAAUCCAGAUUACGAAUAGCGAUGCCUCUGGUUUGGUGAAAAGGAUGAGCACAGGAGAAUGGACGGCAGAGCAAGUCACGAUCGCGUACUUGAAGAGGGCGACGAUAGGACAUCAACUCCUCAACAUGGCCACCGAAUUCAUGAUGGAGGAUGCGUUGUCCCAGGCUCGAGCGCUGGACGACUACUAUAGACAACAUAAGAAAGUGAUAGGACCUCUGCACGGUGUGCCCAUCUCCACAAAGGAGCAUGUUUCUCACAAGGGGAGACCGGUGCACGCCAGCUAUGUGGCCUUGGUGGAGAACAUCGCUCCGGACGAUGCGCAUCUGGUUCGGCUGCUGAAGGCAUGUGGUGCUGUGUUCCAUCUUCGCACAAAUGAGCCUCAGACGAUGAUGACCGGCGAUACCGAGAACAAUUUGAGCGGGCGGACAAAGAAUGGCAACAAUCUGCGACUUGCCAACGGCGGCUCCUCCGGAGGAGAAGGAGCGUCUAUCAGUUUCAAAUGCGCCGCGAUCGGUUUCGGAACGGAUAUCGGUGGCUCAAUACGCUUUCCUGCGGCGUUCAAUGGGUGCUACGGGUUCCGUCCAACUGCCUGUAGAGUGCCGUAUGGCGGAGUGUUUCUGCCCGGUGAAGGGCAGGAGUCAAUCAGGUGUGUGAUAGGACCGCUCACGAGAAGUAUCGACGAUGUCGACCUCGUGAUGAGUUCGGUCCUUGAACAAAGGCCCUGGGAAAAGGAGUUGAGUCUGGUACCACUGCCAUGGAAGGCUGUGAAGAAAUCCAGCGAUAUCACCGUUGGUGUGAUGUGGAAUGAUGGGAUUGUCAACCCACAGCCGCCCAUGCAACGAGCCCUAAAAACGACAGUGGAGAAGCUCAUUGCAGCGGGCGUCAAAGUGGUCGACUUUGAGCCAUAUAAGACUGCCGAGGCGAUGGAGAUCAUUUUGACUCUAUUCUUCCCAGAUGGCGCAAAAACUCAAUGGGACCUUCUCAAUGCUUCUGGUGAGCCAGUCAACGAACAAUCUCAAAGAAUGCUGGGCAUUGCCCGGGAAAUCAGCGUGGCGGAGAACUGGGCCUACAACGCCAGGCGAGAUGCGCUUCGAGAUGAGUUCCAUGACUUGAUGGCCCAGCGGGGCGUCGAUGUGAUCCUCACUGCACCGUAUCCAGGUGCUGCACCCCUGGUGGGCACCGUCGACUACGGCGCGUACACGAUGUUGUGGAACAUGCUUGACAUGCCUGCGCUCGUCAUGCCAGUCGGCUUGUCUGUUGACCCAGCGAUUGAUCAGAAGAAUGCGUCGUACCAGCCCAUCAGCGAACACGACAAGGUACAGUUUGAUAAAUACAAUGCCGAGGAUACUGUUGGUGCCCCGAUAUGCGUACAAGUCGUCGGCAAGCAUUUUCAGGACGAAGAGACCAUCGCUGCAGCACGCAUCAUUGAGGAUGCACUUGCUCGGUCAACGAAGUCGGCGGUGCUUUAG